AUGUCGCUCACGAUCCCGUCGGCGGCGUUGCCCUUGAAAUCCGCGCUGUGCCACUGCUCCUCAUGCCGGCACGCGACGGGCCAGCUGUUUGCGACCUGGGCCGUGAUCCCCGCGGACCUGCCGCCCGACGUGCUGAGCAGUGGCAAACUGGUCAAACACGAAUCAUCGCGGACGUGUCAGCGCUGGUUCUGCAGGCGGUGCGGGGCUAGUGUCAUCAACAUCGACGCGGGUCAGGGGGAGGAAGAGUGGGAGGUCGGCACGGGGGUGCUCUACUUGCAGGUGGACGACGACCGGGAGAAGGGGCUGCAAGGGAGGUUGAACCGGGUGCAGCUCUGGGUGGAGGAUGUCAGGGGAGACGGAGGCGCGGUGGGCUGGAUCAAUCAGGGAAAAUUGCAGGGGAUGGAUAGGCAUUGGAGGGGACGGGAGAGCGAGAUGGUCAGCGACGACGCGGUCAGGGACCUCCUGAUGAAACACAGCAAAGCGCCUGUACAUGCCAGCAGAGAAUAUGGUGAUGAGCGUCUUGUCGCGCAGUGUCGUUGCAAAAUCGUCCGCUUUGAAGUCUCACAUCCCCCAAGCGACUACAAUGCCGGAACGGGCAAGUUUGGAGCGAGCCUCGAUGCAUGCACGUCCUGUCGGACCGUGACUGGGUUUGAAAUCACCUGCUGGGCCACCGUACCAAAGAGUCUCAUCAUGGUGGCAGACCAAACUCUCGAGUCUCUGCUGGUAGACAGGGCAAGGCUCGGGCACUACAAGACAUCGUCGGAUGUGAGUCGGUAUUUCUGUGCAAAAUGUGGUGCAACCGUCUUCUACUAUAAGCACGGCCUCGAGACCAUUGACAUCGGUCUCGGACUUCUGGAACCCAAGAUCGAGGGUGCUGUUCGGCUGGAGUCAUGGCUCGAAUGGCAAAAGUAUCCCAAGUGUUUGGUAUAUGAAGAAGAUGCAGUUGACGCGGCAUUUGUGAGGAAUUUGAAAGAAGGCAUGAGGCAUUGGGAGGGUCGCUGA